AUGGCUAAAGCUACUAAGAAAACAACAAAAAAACCAAAAGAUCCAAAUGCUCCAAAAAGAGCACUUUCUGCUUUUUUCUUCUGGUUAAAGGAGAAUCGUGAGCGUAUAAAGAAACCUGGAAUGGGUGUUGCUGAAGUCGCAAAAGCUGCUGGAGUCGAAUGGAAUGCUCUUACAGACAAGAAAAAGUGGGAGAAAAAGGCUGAAGAUGAUAAAAAAAGAUAUGAGCGUGACUUAGAAAAUUAUAAAAAAAUGCAAGCUUCAUGA